AAUACACAUGAAGGUGGCUGCUACUUGUCAGCAGGGAGAAAUAUUAAGGAAGUCUAUUACUUGUGUUGCCAUCAAUCAUAGAAAGGAUGUCUUCAUGGGGUUGCUGGCCUUUAUCUCUACAGCCUAGAUUGAGCACAAGUUAGCUAACAGGAAUUUGUGGCUAAUUUUCAAUGAAUGUGUAAUUCCCAUGAUUCGUACUUUUUAGCACUCGUUGGCAAUUUUUUGGGAUCAUCAACCAAAGGAGUACAAGUUCAUCUGGCUCUGUGUUUUACUUAUCGGAUCUUAUGAAGUAAUUCUUAUUGGCCUCUGUUUAUAUCAUUGAUACUGGUUAUAUCAGCCUCCAAAUUCUGAAAGAGAUGGAAGAUUAUUUUUGAUUAAAAUGGCUGACGUGAGAGGUAACUUCUUAACAAGGGAUGUUGAUCACAAGAACAUACAGGUGAUGAUUUGUGGCAUGUAGUAGAGUAUCUGGUGUCAUACAUAUUGGAUAUGCUUAACAUAUUGCCAUCCAUUCUCGAAAUAAAUAAACAGAUAAUGAGUGUAGAUCUGGUUAAUUCAUCAGAAGCUCAUGAUUCGCUUGGAUGUCUGCUUAUAAUUUGAUUUGAGAAUUAUAUCCUAUGCGGUGCCAUAUAUCUUAUUCAUCCAAAUCUACUGGCCUUCAAAGCCUUUCAAGUUUUAUGCACAUGCGAGUAAUCUAAAGGUAAAGUCGAACCAGUUCAACAUCACUACCAAGAGGGUAGUAGACAUUUUCUAGAUGCAAAGAGCACUAAUUGUUUUUAGUUGAUUAGCUGCUGAAGAAUGUCAAUUGUUGAUGUCACUGGGAAAGAACCAUACCAUGCUCCAAAAGCAUCUUGUUAACCAGGAAUGUUUUGCUGCUCUAAGACAUCAUCAAGUAAAGCUAAGGGUGUUCCAUGUACGAAUCAAAGUGCAUAUUGCCCAUGGUGUUGUAGAUACAGCAAAUGAGCCUUUUGGUUCUGUGCUACAUGAGUAGUAUUUUUUUCAUGAGCUCCAGCCAAGUUAAUUUUACUCAGAUUCGGUUUUAGUCCAUCUCUUGGAUCUUCAACUGAACCUGCCCCACCAGAGUGAUGCAGACUUUGCUAGUGGGUUCUGUGACACACAUCACAAGCCCUUUUCCUGCUCUAUAAAUACCAAUCCAACAUGGCUCUUCAUAUCUCAUCAGCACCUCCUAUUUCUGCAUUCCACCACUUGCUCUGUUUCUUUUUUCACGACACUUAUCCAGAGAUGGAGUAUGCUUCUAGCUUGCAGCGCCAGCUUGCCAGCAUGAAGAAGAACCUCUUUGAUCAGGGAUACCUAGAUGAACAAUUUUAUCAGCUAGAGGAGUUGCAGGAUGAAUCCAGCCCUAAUUUUGUGGAAGAAGUUGUCACCUUGUUCUUCAGGGAUUCAUCCAGAUUGGUGGCUAACAUCGACCAGGCUCUUCAGAAGUACCCUCAAGAUUUUCGUAGGCUGGACAACUUCAUGCACCAGUUGAAGGGUAGUGCUUCCAGCAUCGGUGCUGCAAAGAUGAAGAAUGAGUGCACCAGUUUCAGAGAAUUCUGCAAUAAAGAAAACCGUGAAGGAUGCCUGAGAUCAUUUCAGAAGGUGAAGAAGGAGCAUGCCGUCCUGAAGCAGAAGUUGGAAAACUACUUCCAGUUGCUGAGACAAGAUGGUCCUGUUGACAAAGCGACUCGCUCUGGCAACUGAGAAGAGAGGCUCUCGUUCGUGAAGCCAUGCGGCGGUGGAAGGCAUGAUGCGCGUCCACUGACCCAUUAUAAAGCCUAGAUUAUGUGAGAAUAAGCAAUGUUGUUGCAGUUGAUGGUGGCUGUAGAAUGCAAAAUGGAAUCGAUUAUAUUGUAUCCUCCUCAUCUAUAUAUUAUAUAUAAUUGCAUGAGAACAAGCCAUCUCUUCUUUAUA